GCCUCCAUAACUCCACAAAUUCAAGUGCCAAAACUCUCCAUUUCCCCUCACUGCUUCUUCUUCACUCUCACAGUAGAAAAAUGGCUUCUACUUCUGCAGCUUACAUGGCUACCACUACUUUCACUUCCAAUCUUCUUGAAAUCAAACAAAAACUCUUUUUCCCAAACACUUUACCAGAUUUAUUCCACCCUUUUUCUCCUAGAAAUCUCAAGAACCCAAAGUUGUUCAAGUUUCCUAAAAUGACACUGUCAAAUGACUAUGUGGGAAUAGGUAGUUUCAACUCUACAAGAACCAAUUACAACAUUCCCACUACUGGUAAGUUUUACAAAAGGAUGGAUUCUUGUUUGGUUAUUCCUCCACCAAAGGGUAUAAAACCCAAAGCUAUUAUCAAAUUUGUGGAUGGUGCUUUUAUUGGAGCUGUUCCUGAAGUUACUUACAGUUAUUUACUGGAGAAUUUGGCGAGAGAAGGAUAUCUGAUAAUUUGUGUGCCUUAUAAUGUGACAUUUGAUCAUGCCCAAGUCACUAGACAGGUUUUUGAGAGAUUUCAUACUUGUUUUGAUUCAAUUUUAGCAUCAGGGUUGCCUGAUGUUGGGCUUUCUGCUUCUGAGAUUGUUGAUUUGCCACUCUAUUCAGUUGGCCACAGUAAUGAUGCUCUUAUUCAAGCACUCGUCGGAAGUUAUUUUUGUGAGAAGAUACCUAAGGCUAAUGUUAUAAUAUCAUACAACAAUAGACCAGCGUCAGAGGCAGUGCCAUAUUUUGAGCAGUUGGGUCUUCUUGUUGGCCCGAUGGUGCCUGUUAUAUCUCCAGCGUAUUCAAUGGCUCAAUCGGCUUCAGGAGAUGCAUUGAGGGUGUUUCUUGAUACAGCUGGAACAAUCAUCCCUGACUAUGAUCAAGAAACAGUUGUUUCAUUGACUAAAUUUGCUGAUCAGUUGCCUUCGGUAUUUGGCGAGCUUGCUCAAGGGAUAUAAGAGUUCAAGCCAACACCUUCAGAAAAUCUUGAGUGUUUCAAAAACGCCUACAAUGUCAAGCGUACACUUCUGGUGAAGUUUGACCUCGAUCCAAUUGAUGAGACAGAUCGUCUUGAAGAGACACUAAAGCCUCGUGUAGAAUCUUUUGGUGGAAAAGUGGAGAAAAUUGCAUUAACCGGGAACCACAUCACACCAUGCAUACUGGAACCAAAAUGGCGAGUAGGAGCUGUAUACACUCCAGCAGAUGCUGUUGCUCAAGUGGUUAAGACUAUGUCAAUAAAUGACACUAAGGGCCUAUGUACAACCAUUGCCAACUGGUUCAGUUGUCUCGAGGAGUAAUCUUUUGUCACUUCAGCUGAAAUCCUAUAUCGUAUUGAAAUGUCAUUACCUGCAUAAACAUGGAACUCUCUGAUGCACAAUGUAUAGCUCAACGAUGAAAGAGAACUGCACAUAUAUCAUCACAGUAGCAUCAAUAGUACAGUUAAGCAUCCCCUUGCCCUCUGGAAACGAAAGAAGAAAUGUGAUGUCUAUACAACAUUGCAAAAGUUUACACUCUUUCUUUAAAUCUCUUGAAUACAUAAACAUAGUUCUCUAUUGAUGGUCCAUUUUGUUUUAUCUCA